AUGAAGUCUAAAAGGGCACUGAUUUGGAUUAAAAAAACAGCUCAAGAAAAACAAAAUGUUAGUGAAUAAAUGAAAAUGAUUGAUUCAAAUUUUGAAUCAAAAGUUAUUGAAAACUAACCAAUCAAAAUGAAUCUAUUAUAUUAUGAUAUCUUACUUAACAAUGGUUUAGUCUUGAAAUAAUCAUUUUUAUAACCACCAGAACCUCACAUCUAUCUAAUGCUUAAUUAUUACAAAUGA